AUGGCCUCCGCCGCCUCACGCCCUCUCGUCUCCGUCCAAGGACUCGACGGUGACAUGUCCACAGAUCAAUCCACCACCAUCUGUUUACCUGACGUCAUGACUGCACCAGUGAGACCAGAUCUCGUCAGUUUCGUUCACGCCCAAAUCUCAAACAACAGCCGUCAACCAUACGCCGUCUCGAAGAAAGCUGGUCAUCAGACCUCCGCCGAGUCCUGGGGAACCGGAAGAGCCGUAUCUCGUAUCCCGCGUGUUCCCGGAGGUGGUACUCACCGUGCCGGUCAAGCUGCGUUCGGAAACAUGUGUCGUGGUGGUCGUAUGUUUGCUCCGACUAAGAUCUGGAGACGCUGGCACCGUCGUGUUAAUGUCAACAUGAAGAGACACGCGAUUGUUUCGGCGAUUGCAGCUACUGCUGUUCCUUCUCUCGUGAUGGCUCGUGGUCACAAGAUUGAAAAUGUUCCUGAAAUGCCACUUGUUGUUAGUGAUUCAGCUGAAGCUGUUGAGAAGACUUCCGCUGCGAUUAAGGUUUUGAAGCAGAUCGGUGCUUACGACGAUGCGGAGAAGGCUAAGGACAGUAUUGGAAUCCGUCCUGGUAAAGGUAAAGCUAGGAAUCGUCGUUACAUUUCUAGGAAAGGUCCUCUUGUUGUGUAUGGAACCGAAGGAGCUAAGAUUGUGAAAGCGUUUAGGAAUCUUCCUGGUGUUGAGCUUUGUCAUGUAGAGAGGCUUAACUUGUUGAAACUAGCUCCUGGUGGUCACCUUGGUAGGUUUGUGAUUUGGACUAAGUCUGCUUUUGAGAAGCUUGAGUCUAUCUAUGGAUCGUUUGAUAAGCCAUCUGAGAAGAAGAAAGGUUACGUCUUGCCUCGUCCCAAGAUGGUUAACGCUGAUCUUGCUAGGAUUAUUAACUCUGAUGAGGUUCAGAGCGUUGUGAAGCCGAUUAAGAAGGAUGCUAAGAGAGCUGUGCUUAAGAAGAACCCAUUGAAGAACCUUAAUGUCAUGCUGAAGUUGAAUCCUUAUGCUAAGACUGCAAAGAGGAUGUCUCUGUUGGCUGAAGCACAAAGGGUUAAGUCUAAGAAGGAGAAGCUCGAGAAGAAGAGGAAGAUCGGCACUAAGGAGGAGGCACAAGCAAUCAAAGCAGCAGGAAAGGCUUGGUACAAGACUAUGAUCUCUGACAGCGAUUACACCGAGUUUGACAACUUCACCAAGUGGCUCGGUGCCAGUCAGUGA